UUUAAGAAACUAAAUAUAUAUCGUUUCAAAAAAAAAAAUAAUAAAUAAAUAAAUAAAUAUUGCAUUAAAUAAAUAAAUAAUUGUAAAUAAAAACCUAACCCUAAUCCGCUAUCUCUUAUAUAUAUAAAAUCCUUGCCCCCAUCUCUCAUUUUCUACUCGUCACCACCAUAAACCCUAACCCUAAUUUUUGAGCAAAAAAAUGGGACGAGUGAUUAGGGCACAACGUAAGGGUGCGGCGGGCUCGGUGUUCAAGUCCCACACGCACCACCGCAAGGGUCCAGCUAAAUUUAGAUCCCUAGACUUUGGUGAGCGCAACGGUUACCUGAAAGGGGUGGUGAAUGACAUCAUCCACGACCCGGGACGUGGGGCCCCGUUGGCUCGUGUGACAUUUCGCCACCCCUUUCGGUACAAGCACCAAAAGGAGCUUUUCAUAGCUGCAGAAGGGUUGUAUAGUGGACAAUUCAUCUAUUGUGGUAAGAAAGCAAAUCUUGUGGUUGGUAAUGUACUUCCUCUAAUGUCUCUUCCUGAAGGAACUGUCGUUUGUAAUGUCGAACGACAUGUCGGUGAUCGUGGUGCUCUUGCUAGGGCUUCUGGUGAUUAUGCUGUCGUUAUUUCUCAUAACCCUGAUAAUGGCACUACCAGAGUUAAGCUUCCAUCUGGUGCCAAGAAGGUUUUGCCAAGUGGAUGCCGUGCUAUGAUCGGUCAAGUUGCGGGUGGAGGAAGGACCGAGAAGCCGUUGUUGAAGGCGGGAAAUGCAUACCACAAGUACAAAGCCAAGAGGAAUUCUUGGCCGAUUGUUCGGGGUGUUGCUAUGAAUCCAGUAGAGCAUCCUCAUGGUGGCGGUAACCACCAGCAUAUUGGUCAUGCUAGUACCGUCGCCAGAGAUGCUGUACCGGGUCAAAAGGUUGGUCUAACUGCGGCCAGAAGGACUGGCCGCCUUAGAGGAACAGAUGCAGCAACUUCCAAAGGCGACAAUUAAAUUUGAGAAAAAAAUAAACUGUUUUUUUUUUGUUUUUCAAAAUUUGAUGAACAUUUUCUUGUUUGACUUCAAUUGUUGUUUUUAUUGUUCUACUUGGAAUUGAUGUUUUGAUAAUUUCUGGAAUUAUGAUUAAUAAUUUGGUUCUAUAUUUUUGAAUCUUUUU